UUGCCCAUUUCAAAAUCUCUAGUCCUCUGCCUCCACACCUCUGUCUGUACUAAUUUUUGAGUGUCACCCGGUCGUAAUGGCGAGAGUUUUGGUUUUCGAAAUCGUGGGUUUAUUGGGUCUGUUACUACUGUUUGGCUUGUGGGAAAAUAGCAGUGAAUCAGAUGGAGUUUAUAAUCUUCGCGAGUUGAAAACGGUCGUCGAUGACAUUGGUGAAGAGCUUCAAGAUACUCUGGCCAGAAUCCAAGGAUUGUUUAUUUCAGAGGAAGAAGAUAUGAAGGAUGAGCUUUUAGAUCCUGCAAAGCUGAGAAUGUUUGUUGAUGAGAUUCCUGAUAUGCCGAGACUCAAAGGUUUUGAUUUCAUCAAUGGUGUUCCAAAGCCAAAGACACUCAAGAUUGGAAUGUUCGUGAAAAAAUGGAAGUUCCACAAAGACCUUCCUGCAACAUCAGUGUUUGCCUAUGGCGCAUCAAGGAGUACAGCAACUGUUCCUGGACCAACCAUUGAGGCCCUCCAUGGAGUUGACACCUAUGUCACAUGGCAAAAUCACCUCCCUUCCGACCAUAUUCUUCCUUGGGAUCCAACCAUCCCUACUGCUAUCCCAAAUAAGGGCAUUCCUACUGUGGUGCACCUCCAUGGUGGCAUCCAUGAGCCUGCAAGUGAUGGAAACUCAAACUCCUGGUUUACAACUGAGUUCAAAGAGAAAGGACCCACAUGGACUCAAGAAACUUAUCACUAUACCAACAAUCAACAACCUGGAAAUCUAUGGUAUCACGAUCAUGCCAUGGGUUUAACUAGAGAAAACCUAUUAGCCGGCUUAAUUGGAACUUACAUAAUUCGCCAUCCAAGUGUAGAGGACCCAUUAGGACUCCCUUGCGGUGAUGAAUUUGAUCGACCACUGAUGGUGUUUGACCGUAGCUUUCGUAUCGAUGGUUCCAUAUACCUGAAUUCUACAGGAAACAAUCCAUCUAUACACCCACAAUGGAAACCAGAAUAUUUUGGUGAUGUAGUAAUCGUAAAUGGAAAAGCAUGGCCGUAUAUGAUGGUACAAAGACGAAAAUACAAAUUUCGUCUCAUUAAUGCCAGUAAUGCAAGAUUUUUUCGAUUUUUCUUCACCAACGGUUUGAGAUUCAUCCAUGUCGGAUCUGACUCGGCAUACAUUGAGAAACCUGUCAUAAAUAAUGAAACUCUUGUUGCCCCAUCUGAAAUUGCUGACAUAGUUGUUGAUUUUUCUGAGUCAAAGACUAAUAUUGCUAUUUUGGCUAACAAUGGACCAGAUGCGUUUUCACCAUCACUUAGUAAGGUCAUGAAGUUCAUCAUCAAUAAGAAACUUGAGGACGACACGUCACGAGUACCUAACAAAUUGAUUGAAUAUCCAUUACCAGAUCCAUUUAGUGCACCACUUACAAGAUAUAUCGCCAUGUAUGAAUACACUAGUGAUACUGAUGAACCUACCCAUCUUUACCUCAAUGGCAAAUCAUAUGAAGAACCAGUUACAGAGAUUGUCAAGGUGGGGGCUAGCGAGGUGUGGAGUGUGAUCAAUUUAACAAAAGAUCAUCAUCCGUUCCACAUUCAUCUCGGGUUGUUUAUGGUCUUAGAGCAAAAGAAGUUGGUGAAUAGAGAUGAGUUUGAAGAAUGCAUGAAGAAAAAGAAUGAUGCGAUCGAAUGCCAAGUAAGCAAGUAUGCACGUGGCAGGAAAUUAGAGGUGCCAGCACAUCAUAAAGGUUGGAAGAAUGUAUACACGAUAUCUCCCGGGUGUAUGGCAAAGAUUCUUGUUAGAUUCUCUUAUAUACAUUCGAAUGAAUCGUAUUCCUUUGAUGCAACUGCAGAGCCCGGCUAUAUAUAUCAUUGUCAUAUAUUGGAUCAUGAAGACAAUGUGAUGAUGAGGCCCUUGAAGCUCGUUAACUAAACUUCAUAAGUGUGUAUAUGUAUAUAUGUAUAUAAUUCCACUGAUGCAUGUAGUUUUUUGGAAGGUAUUUUGAGAUCCAUAUGAAUGCUAGUUCGUGCUUUUCUUUUCAA